UGGAAGCAAGGCAUUGACCUUCAGUAUACAAGACCCGAGUCUUGACAAAAAAGCCUUUUUUUUUUUUACUGCUAUAACAUUUCAUUAAACUUUGUAAUGCUAGGUUUUGUUUAGAUAAAGAAAGGAAACAACAACAACAAACAAAACACACCUACAAAACUUCCAGCAGAAUGGCCUCCAACAACACUUUUAUCCUCCUUCCUGAUCCUGACGUCUCCAGCACAAAUGAUAAAACCACAGUGGACAUUGAUGCUAUUAUGGAAAACAUCACUAUUGUCUUUUACACAAUCACUGUCGUUUUGGGCACCACUGGAAAUGCUGUGGUCAUCUGGAUGUCUGGAUUCCGUCUCAAAGCUAAUGUUACCUAUGUGUGGCUGGUCAACUUGGCUGUGGCAGACUUGAUUUUUUGCCUCACUCGAUUUAUUUCUUUGAUUAAGAAACUCUUCUAUGAUUAUUGGCCCUUUGGGAUCUUUCUCUGCAAGUUCAAUGGAUUCUUCAAGUAUACCAAUAUGUUCUGCAGUGUAUUCAUCCUUGCUGUCAUUAGUCUGGAUCGGGCACUUUGUGUUUGGAGACCGGUGUUCACCAGGCAGCGGCGAACUCUACGUGCAGCUAGACUCAUCAGUGUUGGGGUUUGGACUGUGGCAGUGAUCUUCAGUGUUCCGUAUUUUGUGUACCGAAAAGUACAUAUAGGCAAGAACAACUUGAGCAAGUGCUCCAUGGAGGUGCCGCCAUCAGCUGAAGGUGAUAAUGAAGCUAAACUAGCCUUGUACAGCAUUCGCUUCUUGUGUGGAUUUUUAUUGCCCUUCCUCAUCAUCCUAACCUGCUAUCUAUUAGCUGGUUUCGGGAUACGGCAAACACGCAUCCUACACAAAUCAAGACUCCUUCGAAUCCUUAUUUGUUUAGUCUGUGCCUUCUUCCUGUGCUGGGCGCCUUACCACUGCCUCCUUUUGGUCAAGAUGGUGGACACCAAGAGCCAGGCAGUGAAAGUGGGCCUGCCCAUAGCUAAGGGCAUAGCCUACUUCAAUAGCUGCGUUAACCCACUUUUGUACUUUUGUAUGGGACUGGACAUGAAGCUGCGCUUCAAAGCACAAAGCCUGUCUCGGGUUUAUGCUAGAGUUCUAACUGAAGACUGGGAAGGGCAGAUCUCACAGACUAAGGAAUGUACAGACUCCGGAGCAGUCAAAAACAACUGCACAAUAACUGUAUGAGUUCGACUAUCAACAAACAAUAGUGAACCACUGUGGCCAUUAACCUGUUACCAAAGAGAGACUAAUUUAAGAUACAUUUACACCGAUCAACCAUAACAUUAUGCCCACUGACAGGUGAAGUGAAUUACAUUGAUUAUCUCAUUACAGUGGCACCUACCAAGGGGUGGGGUAUAGACCCCUUUCACUGACGUCACCCGAAACCGGAAGUAAACAGACCCUGCGCCAUUUUGGAAGACCAACAAACUCGUGAUUAGGGGGAAAUAGCGGCAGCGGUAUGUGAACCCACGAGAAUAAAGUGGAGUGGCAAACGACUUAAACAAACAAAUCUGAGCUGUUUUAUUUAUGAUUUAUUGGCCCAACAGUAGACUUGAAAGAAACCUGUGUGAGUCUUGGCAAAAAACUGUGGAUAUAAUGGAUAAGUCUGUGCAUGAUCUGCGGACACUUUGAGGUAAGCAAACGCAAGAAAUUCAGAUUUAAAACAUGCUAAAUUGGCCCCAAGUUGAUAACUGUAUGAGGAGCAAGCCUCCCAGACUUCUACAAUUUAAUAAUAAUAAUAAUUUAGGAUGGUUUGGGGCUUGCUCGCUGCUGCCAGGUUGGUUGUUGAGUAGCCUGACUGUUUUUUUUUUCUUGCGUGUGGUAUCAAUGUUGACGCGAGGUUGUUUUUUUGAACAUGCCAAUGCGGACACGAUUUCCCCUGAUGAGUUAUGACUUCAGACGCGAUGCGUGUGUGGAGGUGUGGAGUCCGCAUGAUACGUGCGUAAGAUAGGCUUCUCAUGUGUUUGGAGAUCCGUGCUCCGAGACAAGCGCAAGCACCCCCCCCAAGGGAAAAAAAGGGGCCCCCCGAAAAUAUCGGCAUAGUUCGAACACUGAGUGUAGGCACUGGGUGUAAACAACAAAUAGUUUACAAUGUCUGGGUAGUAAACAGAUGGCAGAAUUGGUGUCCGGUCCUCCUUAUGUUUCCAUUCUCCCUUGCCCCGAGUCUUAUCAUAUGGGUCAAACCCAUCAAUCACAGCCAGUUUCUCCACAUACCGUGCCCUUUCUGCAGCUGGUAAUGUACUCACAUAACCAGAAUUAUCAUCCAUCGUGUCACUUUACUCUCGCUCGUACUUUGUUUUAUAUUGUGAGUGCAUGUACUUGGUCUUCCAAUAUGGCGCCUAACAAAAUCUUGCGGCGCGGUGACGUCAUGUGAGAGGGGUCUCUAUUAGGCAGCAAGACAACAGGCAGUUCUUGAAGUUGAUGUGUUGGAAGCAGGAAAAAUGGGCAAGCAUAAGGAUCUGAGUGACUUUCACAAGGGACAAAUUGUGAUGGCUGGAUGAUUGGGUCUGAUCAUCUCCAAAAUGGCACAUCUUGUGGGGUGUUCCCAGUAUGCAGUGGUUAGUACCUACCAAAAGUGGCCCAAGGAAGGACAACCGGUGAACCGGCGACAUGGUCAUGGGUGUUGAAGGCUCAUUGAGUCACAAGGGGCAUGAAGGCUAGCCCAUAUGGUCCAAUCCCACAGAAGAGCUACUGUAGCACAAACUGCUGAGAAAGUUAAUGCUGACACCUUUCUGGUUUAACCAGCAUUACCUUUUAUAACAGUUUGUUAAUUAGACAUUAACAAAGGAAGUUGUCUACCAAAUGACUGUGUGCUGCGUACAGUGCAUGUUAUGGCGUCUGUGCUCAGCACUCUCACUUUCAGCUCCACCACUGGCUAGCAGAGUAUGCUGUAAAAAGGAAGCCGAGUAUGCAAGUCUUCCCUGCCAGCUAUAGCCUCUCCACAGCAAGGCCUACGUGGCCCAGAUAUGGGAUCGUCCCCAAGUUGGUAGAUCUGAAUUGGACACCUUACAGCCCCAAGCAGAACCACAAGGUCUCAGAGGAGACUAGGCCCCCAGAUGCACAGCAUGCAUGGCCCACCAGUGUGUGGACAUGCCUGGAUGCCUGCAAACCUAGUCCCCAGCUAGGGGUCAAACAGCCCCAUUGACUUGUGGGUAGCUAGGGAUAGCAUAAGGCUAUGGGAAACAACCCAGACAGAAACAUUGGAGUGGCGUCCCGAAAGUAGUCUGGUUAACACCAGACCAUAUCACAAGUGAAAUAUGGUCUGGAAUCCGCCUAUUGAAUUUCUCGUAGGGGAGGUGUGGUUUACGAUUGUCAAUGGCUGUUUAUUGGACGUUGCGAAUGUCUAUCAUUUGGCGUAUACGUAGCCCAUGGCCAAUCAUGGCAUUUGUACCCGGUGACGUAGUUAGAGCGACGAAGAGAAGACAAAACAAAAAUAGGAAAACAAUGGCACCGAAAUUAUUUCACUUGUGAUAUGGUCUGGUGUUAACCAGACUAAUUCAGAACAGUGUCUAAAGCUUGAUCGAAAGUUUGGUUCGUAUCGCUCGCCGCCAUGUUAAACGUGAUCCGUAAACAGUCCCAAAUAAACUACAAGCUUCCGUUUGUCGAGUAGUACGCGUCACCGUCUUUCCACCCCUCCCCACUCUCUGAUUGGUUCCCUAACUCAGGCGAGCCUUUAGACCAUAGUUUCCAUGCUGUCUUUUCAGAUCGGAACGAUUGUGCAAAGCAGCAUGGGAUUUCCCAGGAUAUCCCGAAGGCAGUUUGUCUUCAAUACUGACAAGGUUCGGGGAACCCCUGCAUCCAGAUUCAUCUCGAGUAUGUCCUGCCACUGGAAUUAGAUGAGCUUGGAUGAGUGUGUGCAGAUAAUACUGCACAAGUUAUCUUCACUUUAAACCAAGUCACGCGCAAGUCAUGAAAGCCAGGCAAUAGAAACCAGUCAGCAACCUGAUGUCAUGGUCAUCUUCUCAGAGCAAUGGUCGAUCAGAGAGGGAGAGAGAACAAACGAAGUUAACAGAUUUAUUAAUUGAAGUGUUUGUCAUCAAAGCAUACCUACCUUUAUUCAAUCUCCACUCAUCGGCCACUUUAAUAGGAACUUGUUCUUGGCUGGCAGGAGUGGAACUCAAUGUGGUCUUCUGCUGUUGCAUGCUGAGAUGCUUUUCUGCUCACCGCGCUUGUAAAGCGUUGCUACGAGUUUCUAGAUCCUUCCUGGCAGCUCAAAUCAAUCUCGCUAUUUUCCUCUGACCUCUUAAGGCGUUUGUUUCCACCCACAGAACCGUCACUCAAUGUUUUUUUGUUUUUCGUACCAUUCUGCGUAAGCUCUACAGACUGUCGUGUGUGAAAACCCCAGGAGAUCAGCAGUUUCUGAAAUACUCAAACCAGUCCAUCUGGCCCAAACACCUGUGCCCCAGUGAAAGUCUCACAGAUCACAGUUUUCCCCCAUUCUGAUGUUUGAAGUGAACAUUAACUGAAGCUCUUGAUUUGUAUCGGCAUGAUUUUAUGUAUUGUGCUGCUGUCAAGGGAUCGGCUGAUUAGAGAACUGCAUCGAACAGCAGGUGGAUGGGUAUUCCUAAUAAAGUGGCCGGUGAGUAUAUGAGACAGUUACUUGGCUAAUGUUAUUUAUGGUGUACACAUUUCAAAGGUCAUGGUUUAUUCAUGUUGACAAAUGCAUUCAGUCUCAUCAACCUUAAUGUAAAGCAUGACUAACAAUAUAA